AUGCUGGAGUCCUGGGGGGUCUUGACCGAAGACUUUGAGAGCGGGCUGGGGCUCCCUGGCCGGCCCCCGCUCAGCUGGCCCUUCCGCCUGCAGGGCAUGUACAACGCCACCACCCGGCAGGUGGAGACGGAGCUCCUGCCCUGCCUCCGGCGCUUUGGACUGAGGUUCUACGCCUACAACCCUCUGGCUGGAGGCCUGCUGACUGGCAGGUACAAGUAUGAGGACAAGGUCGGGAAACAGCCCGAGGGCCGCUUCUUUGGGAACAGCUGGGCAGAGGUCUACAGGAAUCGCCUGGAGCAGCUGGAAAAGAACUUGCCAGCCGUCGAGGAAGGGCCCCUGGAGCCGGCCGUCGAGGAAGGGCCCCUGGAGCCCGCCAUCAUGGGGGCCUUUGAUCAGGCCUGGCGCCUGGUCGCCCAUGAUUGUCCCAACUACUUCCACUAUGCCUAG